AUCAACAUCGAUACCGUUCUAUCAAAAACUAAUAAAGGUCAGGAGUUGAUGGAAGCUUUGAAGGAAAACCGCAAUCUUGAUGACAAGAUGAUUAAAAAGAUAACCCACCUGCUAUGUGAUUUCCUAACAUCGAUUUACGGAGUCCGUGCUACCACAUUCCACAAAAACCUUUUGGCCAAAUCUCUAGUGCAGUCGUAUCCGAUGUUGGCAUCAAAAGUUUCCGACAUUCCUCAAGCCUUAUGGUUUUAUGUCGAUGGUCGGGGGCCAGGACGACACGCAGGAAAAAUCCAUUAUCAUUUGGAAUACCUCGCUAAACAAUCUGGCCAAAGAGUUAUCAACAGAAAAUCGGCACCGAAAGAGGAAACGUGUGAAUCAAGCGAGCAUCAGCCACUAGGUGAGAUCGAACUGAUAACUUUGAUCGAGGAAUUGAAGUUUGUCGUUCCGACCGAGGACAAUAAAACUCGGAUUGCAUAUUUAUGGGAUUCAACAUUUGACUACCGCUGCCAGUAUCGUGCGAAUAAGGAUGUUUUUUCGUUUCUGGAAGAAUUUCCUGUUGCCUCGGCGUUUGAUGGCGAGCUGAUUGAUUACGACUUCAAGAAAAUGAAGAAAAACACGGUGGACUUCACCGAUAACUGGAAGCAUUGGCAGGAAAAAAUUUUGCAAGGACAUCGCCACCUAUUCAGAGAGAUAAGUAAUGAUUUUGUACGUGCAUUGGCAAUAAUCCGUGCCAAAAAUCCAACACGAGGCUCAAAGCGCUUGCGUGAUGAGGAGUCAGCGAAGGAGAAUCCGCUUAGAGGAAUUAUCAAUUGGGUUAGCCUGGAAGCGCAAUCGUUCCCGAAAAAGAUCCCCUUCUUCCGGAUGUUUACAGAAUUGCACCAUCCAACGAUGCAGGGAUGUACGCUUGAAUGA